AUGGCAAGGAUAUCAUAUAGCGUUGAACUAAUUCCAUGGAGUCUCGCUUUUCAUAAAGGAAGCCUUUUAUUAAAUCCACCAUCUAAACAAUAUAAAAACUUUAACGAACUUGUAAAAUUUCCUCAUGAGUAUUCACUGAUCGUUACUUAUCGUGAUAGACUUAGAGAUGUAUUAUUAGAAGUGUACCGAAUAUUGCGAUAUCUUGGUUGGCAGCAAAUGGAAUUAAUUCUCCAGUUCGAAACAGAGACUACCCGAAUUACAAAUUUUCGAUUUUGGAAUACAAAUGUCGUAGCAAAUAUUGCUGUACCUAAAUAUCUUAUGGACAGAUUCAUAAAAUUACAAGGAAAUAGUUUAUUACAAAAAUCACUCGGAUUACAUGGUGAUUCGUCAACGCUUAUUUUUCGUCUAAUUCCAAUAGAGCAAGAGCCAGGUUACGAGAAUAAAAGCAAUUCUAAUGAGCUUCAUUAUAGAGUAACCUUGAAUUAUUCGUAUCCCACAAAAUUAGACGACGUUGAAUCCGAUAAAAUUAAAGUUGAUGAUAACGAUUCUGCAUCAGUCAUUGUACAUGUCAAGCAGAUGAUUCGAAAUUUUAGAUCCGGAUGCGAAUUUGAUGAUAUUAUAUUAGAAUUAUGGGACUUGGUUCCUAAAUCAACUCCAAAUGAUCCAGAAAAAUUUCAAUUUAAAACUUAUAAUCCGACUCUACGAAGACCUUAUCAAGAUAUUAAUCCAUCAUCUAUUCAACCUUGGACAAGUAGUUGA